GUGGGACUUGCGAACGUGGGAUUUGCGGACUGCACCUUUUUCGUGGGCUUUGCGAACACACAUACCUGGCGUUAAUCUAAGCGCUGACCAUCGGUGGGACUUGCGAACAUUCUAUAAUAUUAGAAACGAAUGAUUUUUUUAGAAAGAUGAUAUAUUUCCUGAUAAGUUGCCAGUGAAGAUAUUUGAUUCAAUUUAAAUAAAUGCUUGACAUAUCUUUAUUGUCUGGAACUAAGAAAUUUUUAUUUGAAAGAAUGAUUUUUUCUUACUAUUAUUUUUAAACUAUUAAUAUAUGAAAUUAUUAAAUUAUUAUUUGAUAUUAUUAGAAAAUUUUCUAGUCCAAAAGAGUGCAGGUUGUAUGGUCUAAAAAGGAUUAACGAUUAUCUGGUAAUGAUCAAUCAAAUUGUUGAUAUAAUUUAAUUAGUUUUAACGGGUGCUUAAUAGAGCUUAAUAGUGCUAAUUGUAAACAAUUUUCAGGGAAUUAGUAAGUAGGUAGGUACCAACUAAAUCAUAAUGUUAUUAUAACGAUCUCAUAAUGACAUGUAAGGGUAAUUAUAGCGAAAUUAAAUCGUUUUAAACUGUUUUGAAAAUAGACUAAUAUUUAUAUUAUCCGCUAUUAAAUUGAACUAUACCUAUGGUGAGCCAUACCUAUAAAUGUAAGAACACGAAAAAUGCAACCUUCAUUCUGAAUAUUGAGUUAACAAAAUAAGAUUAUGGCAGAAAUUGAAUUUAUCACCACAACAAAGGGCAAGCCAUCGGUUUUAUUUAGUGGUCAUCAGUACCGAAUAAUACGCGAUAUACACGGCGUAGUUACCUGGUUAUGUGUUAAUGAAAAAAAGCAACGUUAUAAAGGAUCCAUUAAGACCAGAGAAGGUAAAUUAAUUGCAAGCAGUGAAAAACCACAUGUGUGCUCGUCACAGGAGGCUGAGUUAGAUGUGCAAAAGAAAUUGCACAUAUGCAGGAAGAGAGCUAGGGAAGAUUUGAGUAUCCCGGUCUGUGAGAUCUUUCGAAGAGAAUUCAUGGUAUGUAAUUUUUCUUAUCAUAUACAUUAGACUGGGCCAAAAAAAUA